GUGCACGGACAACAACAAAGGUGAAGAGAUUCAGAGGGUUUUCUGCUGCCAAGUCUUUACAGCAGCUUCGUUUUAUCUCUACCGGCUCUGACGGUGUGAGUGUGCCGGUGACUGACCAGCGAAAACGUUAUUUUUCCUCUCGGAAAACGCCGACAAGGUGGAAAUUAAUAAAGCUUUAGGAAGAAAACCUCGUCUGAAGACAGUCACACAAGUAGGAACAGGAUUAAAGGAAGACGCAUCCUGGUCAUUGUUCACCACUGCUGGAUGGGGUCCCCUCUCUGAUCUCAAGGAAACCGUUACUACUUGAAGUUGGGAAAACUGUCAUCUCUUGGCACGUCACGUGAGAGCCUCGGACAGUGUCAUCUGCCGUUCAUUGUCUUUGACAAGAUACUGGGAUCAUCACACCAAAUGUAUCGGUGAGACUCUCUCGUCACUUCACACAGUGGGCGUUAUGUUGACCCUAAUCUAAACCCCUCAGCAUCCCUACCUUUCCCUCCCAUCUCCCCUCCCCACACCCUUUCCCGUCUCCAUCAUGACCAGUCUGAAGCGUUCUCAGACAGAGCGUUCGGUCGGGGGCUCGGUGCCGGCUUCUGAUGAGUUCUACACCCGCCGCCUGCGACUGCCCAAUGGAGGUGCACCACCUCCCCGCAGUGAGAGUGCCCACAUCUCCUCCUCCUCUACCACCGGCACGAACCCUGGCGUCCCCAAGAUGGGGGUUCGGGCUCGUGUGGCCGACUGGCCCCCGAGGAAAGAUGGGGGAGGAGGGGGUGUUUGGCAUAUUACCGUGGAAACGGACUCACCAAGCUCUACCAACACCACCAGUUCUUCCGGAUCAGGAAGUGGAGACAGAGAAAGACUUGGAGGCGGUGGAGGAGGAGAAAGAGGAGGAGGGAGUGGUGGUAGUGGUAGCGGUGGCAGUGGAGGCGGAGGGGUGUCAGCCGUCACAGCCCACAGCAAUCUGUCAGCCAAGCUGGGCCACCUGAUAAGCCCACAGGACUCGUCCAUGCUGCGCAACAUCCACAACACACUAAAGAGCAAAAUGCAGAGCAAGGGAAAGGACAAUCGCUUCCUGUCACCAGACGGCUAUCUGGGCUCACCUCGCAAAGGCAUGAGGCGCAUCCGCCAGCGCAGUAACAGCGAUAUAACUAUCAGUGAGCUGGAUGUGGAUGGCAAUGAGGGCUGGUCCUUCUCCGGGUGGACACCCAUGCACCGCGAGUAUGGCAGCACUUCAUCCAUAGAUAAACAUGGGGUGUCAGGAGAGAGCUUCUUUGAUAUGCUAAAGGGAUACCAGUCCGCUGAGGCCCCUGAUCAGAGAAGCCCAGCUCCAGAGAAGCUAACGGAGCUACUCACUGUUGCCCCGACAAAACAGGCUGCCCUGGACCUGCCAGACGGACCUUUGGGUCCAGCCAGAGGUAGUCCUGCCAGUCGGCUGAAGGAGCGAGAGAAGCACUUGAAGAGGAGGUCAAAGUCAGAGACAGGUGGAGAGUCAAUAUUUCGUAAGCUGCGCAGUGUAAAGGUGGAGGGUGACACAUCGAGGGCUGGCUCAGAUGCUGAAGAUGGGGGUAAAGGCGAUGAGAGUGGCCCACCUCCCAAACCGUGGGCGUGCCAAAAAGGCUUUGCGCAUUUUGAUGUCCAAUCUCUACUCUUUGACCUCAAUGAAGUAAUUCAUAGUCGGCAAUCUGGGUCCAAACGCAAGAACACCACUACCGGUGCCUCGGCUGCUGCUGCUGCCUCUGCUUCGGCCACAUCGUCCCUCUCCUCCAAUCAGAGUGGACUGUACGGGUCACCCUGCGGAUCACAAGAGGAGCUGAGCAAGGAGGGGACAGGAGGACACAGCACCAACCCUGCUUUGGACCCUGGUGAUGACAAGAGCAAUGACCUGGUGCUCAGCUGCCCGUGUUUCAGGAAUGAGAUUGGUGGAGAGGGUGAGAGGAACAUCUCUCCGGCUAAGCAGCAGGGCAGCAUAGGAAGUGGUGGGAGCUCCAGUAAUUCUUCUGGCAGUACAGAGGAAGGACCUUUGGAUGCUACACUCACAACUCAUUUUACCAACGCUGGUGUGGCUGUGUUGGAGGCCCCCAAAGACGGGCCGAGCCAACAUGCUGACAGGUCCAAACGAUACAUUGUAGAACAUGUUGACCUCGGCACCUAUUACUACCGAAAGUACUUCUACCUCAGAGAGCACUGGAACUAUCUGGGCGUAGAUGAGAACCUGGGCCCAGUGGCAGUGAGUCUAAGGAGGGAGAAGUUGGAUGAACACAAGGAGCACGGCCAGCAGUACAACUACAGAGUCAUCUUCAGAACGAGCGAGCUGAAUACCUUGAGGGGCUCCAUCCUGGAAGAUGCAGUACCUUCCACAUCCAAACAUGGUCUAGCUCGAGGCCUCCCCCUGAAAGAGGUGCUGGAGUACCUGGUGCCGGAGCUAAACGUGCACUGCCUGCGCCUGGCACUCAACACACCUAAAGUCACUGAGCAGCUAAUGAAGCUGGACGAGCAGGGGUUGAGUUUCCAGCGGAAAGUAGGGGUGAUGUACUGCAUGGCAGGCCAGAGCAGCGAGGAGGAGAUGUACAACAAUGAAUCAGCAGGACCUGCACUGGAAGAGUUCCUUCAUCUGCUGGGAGAGAGGGUCAGACUCAAAGGCUUCACCAAGUACCGUGCCCAGCUGGACACCAAGACUGACUCGACGGGCACCCACUCCAUGUACACCACAUACAAGGACUAUGAGAUCAUGUUCCACGUGUCCACCAUGCUGCCCUACACGCCCAACAAUAAGCAACAGUUACUGCGGAAGCGUCAUAUUGGGAAUGACAUCGUGACGAUCGUGUUCCAGGAGCCCGGGGCACUCCCCUUCACCCCCAAAAACAUACGCUCACACUUCCAGCACGUCUUUGUGGUUGUGCGUGCUCACAACCCAUGUUCCGAGAACAGCUCCUACAGUGUUGCUGUAACUCGUUCCAAAGACGUGCCCUCUUUCGGUCCCCCCAUCCCAGAAGGUGUGACCUUUCCCAAAUCCUCUGUGUUCCGGGACUUCCUGCUGGCCAAGGUCAUCAACGCAGAAAAUGCCGCCCACAAGUCGCACAAGUUCCGCGCCAUGGCCACCCGAACACGCCAGGAGUACCUGCGCGACUUGGCUGAGCGCCACACCACCAGCACGCCCAUCGACCCCUCGGGAAAGUUCCCCUUCAUCUCACUUGCCCACAAGAAAAAAGAGAAGAGCCGGCCGUACGGAGGGGCAGAGCUGCGCAGUCUGGGCGCCGUGACCUGGCUCGUCCACGUAGAGGAUCACGGGACCGGAGGGGAACUGGAGGCACUUCUGGCCAUCUCCAAUGACUUUCUCAUCCUGUUGGACCAGGAGGCAAAGGCCGUGGUGUUCAACUGCGCCACUAAGGACGUGAUUGGCUGGACGCUGAGCAGCCCUGCGUCUUUGCGGAUUUUCUAUGAGCGAGGAGAAAGUGUGUCCCUGAGGAGUAUCAAUAAUAACACUGAGGAUUUCAAAGAGGUGGUCAAACGUCUAGAGCUCCUGACUAAGGGCUGUGAAACAUCAGAGAUGACGCUUCGUCGAAAUGGCCUCGGACAGCUGGGCUUCCACGUGAACUAUGAAGGCAUCGUGGCUGAGGUGGAGCCUUACGGUUACGCCUGGCAGGCAGGACUGCGGCAGGGAAGCCGAUUGGUGGAAAUCUGCAAAGUUGCUGUAGCAACACUGACCCAUGAGCAGAUGAUUGACCUCCUGCGGACCUCAGUGUCAGUGCGUGUGGUUAUCAUCCCGCCACAUGAUGACGCCACUCCGCGCAGGGGCUGCUCAGAGCUCUAUCGGAUGCCUGUGUCAGAGUACAAGGGCAGCAGCAGCGAUAGCGGCUCCUUCGAAUACAAGUUCCCCUUCCGCAGCAACAACAACAAGUGGCAGAGGACGUCCAGCAGCCCCCAGCAGUCACUGACUGCCUCACCGCAGCCCCACCAGCCCAACCGGGCCAUCAGCCUGGGCAGCUCAGUGGGGAAAACCCUGUCAGCUGAGAGGCUGGAGAGGGGCGCUGUAAUACCACGCAGUGUCAGCAGUGACGGCCGGCCCCUGGACACCAAGAGGAUGUCUCCUGGCAGUGAGAGCUACAGCCUGGCCUCCUCCCUGGCGUUGGGUCGCUCCCCUCACAAUCGCAGCUCUCCCAGCAACCUCUCUUGUGCCAGUGACGCCUCCGGAAGCUCUGCUCACUGGAGACAGAAGUCGAUGCCUGAGCAGUUUGCCAGCAGCCGCCAUUCUCCAAUGUCUGCGGAGAGACGAGACGUGGUCGGAGAGGGCGGGUCCAGUGGGAAAUCCACUCCCAAUUGGUCGAGAAUGGAGGACGGGGGGAGCGGCGAACGAGGCUCAACAGAGGCUCCGGUCUCAAAGUCUGGUCAAGGCUACUCUGGAGCUCCUCGCAUCCAGAGGCAGGAGCAGGUCAUCCACCUGUCCCCGAAGAAGGGCAGCCAGUCCGACGGCCCGUACUCUGGGCACUCCAGCAGCAACACUCUGUCCAGCACAGCUUCCAGCGGGGGCCACAGCGACAGCGAUAAAUGGUACGAAAUGGGAGCCGGUGGAGCGUCCAGCGGUGACCAGGGUGAGACGGAGCCCAACGGCCUGGGAGGAGGAGGCUACCUCCAGGGGGCGUCGGCUGACAGCGGCAUCGACACCAGCUCUUACGCCGCUUCUCAUCACACACACGCCCACUCUCAUCACGGCAGCACCACCUCGCUGCUGGCUCCUAGUGGAGGCAGAGAGAGCAGGGAGCGGUCUCCAUGGCACAGCCCCACCGAGGGAGGACGCAGGAUGCUGGAGAGGUCGCCGGCUGCCGCAGAGUCCCCGGGUCCUCCAGGAGAAAGGAGUCUGGACGGGACCGGCCGAAGCCCACCCACUCACCUCCUGGUUAGAGACAGCAGCACCUACAGUCUGAGUGAAGCUGGAUCACACUCAAGUGCCAGGCACUCAGGCCACAGCUCCCCGAGAGAGGAGUCCUCCUCUUCAGCCACCUCCCCAUCAUCCCAGUCCUCAGCGUCCCCUGGGCCCAAGAGCUUCUACCCUCGCCAAGGCGCCCAGUCCAAGUACCUGAUUGGCUGGAGGAAACCCGGUUCCACCAUCAAUUCUGUCGACUUUGGAGACACACGCAAGAAGUCUCCAGGAGAGGGUGGAGUGGAGGUUCCCACCCCAGCAGCCAGGCCCUCUCUGAGGGACAUGCACUCGCCCCAGCCUCAUGCCAAAUCCACUAUGGAGGAAGAUGUGAAGAGACACACGGCCCCAGACAGCCCUCCACCUCCACGCAGACACAAGGAGAAGGUACGACUGCAGCACGGCCAGAAAUCACCACCAAGCCAGCCUCUCAGGCGCCGCGGCUCGCUCCAUCGUACCCUGUCGGAUGAGAGUAUCUAUCGUGGCCAGCGCCUCCCUCCCCUGUGCGACGCAGUGGCUGAACCGACACUCGGCGCCGAUGUUCUCUUCAGCUGCUCCACCCUCCCACGCUCACCCACCACCCGCGGAGUUCCCCUCCGACGGCCUUCCUACAAGCUGGGAGUCAAACUGCACGGUGACCUUUCGGCGUCUGACACAUCACUGGUGGAUCUGGUGGAGCGUCAUCGUGGACCCCUCCCUCAGGAGCUGAUGCCCCUCCCGUCUCAGGACAGGGACAGUCCUCUAGAGUGGACACACCUGGUGGAUGUGGCCAAUACCUUUGAGAGUGAAAGAAAUACACACUAUGUCCAGAGAAGUUACGUGUUCGGAGAUUCAAACCACCGAAGCAGCGGCGCCUCCAGUCCCCAGCAGCCCCACAUAGAGCUGCAGCCUGCUCCGCUGUCUCGACCCUCAUCUAGGUAGCACCAAUACCCGCACACCCUGCACCAGUUUACUUUCAUUCACACCUGUUUAUACCUGAAAGGGACAUACCAGAAGCGUUACAGCCGGGACCAAAAUGCUCACAGAGAAAUACGAGGGAAACCCAUGCAGCUUGUGCAUUUUGCAGCCAAACAAGACACAAAGUAAA